CCGCCCAAAUCUUUGUCCGGAGUAGCGGAAAAAAACCCUAACAUUUCCUUCUUCUAAAGCUCUUUUGUAAUCAAUCCACUCCCCAGCCCUGGAAUUUCUUCAAUUCGUUCUGUGCUGGUGUUCCGCGGUUUUGAUUGCAAGAAUUUCUCAUAUCAAUGGAAUCACGUCCAGAAGUUGUCGACGAUGAUGCCUUUAAUGAUAUAGAACCCCUAGUCAUAAACAAUCCAGAAGGCAAGAUGAUGAAAACAAUUAAGAAUUGAGUAAGAAUUUGAUUAGUGAUAAGUUGCACGAGGAAGUUGAGGAUUCACUCAAAAGAAAAAGAGAAAGUCCCUUUAUCAAUUUUGCGCUUGAAGCUUCACUAUCUGCCGGUUUGAUCAGCUCAUUACCAGAUCAAUCAUCAUCAAAGAGGCCCAAGUUAGACGAUCAUACAGUUCAAGCUUCUUAUGCUGACCCAUCAUCGGCGAGCAUCCAACUUAUUAGAGAUUCCACUGAAUCUCGCCACUACAUGAAAGCACUGAAGCAUAUCAAAGCUCUACAAUCCGAGUUUCCAUCUUCUGCACUCGUUCUGGCUCUGAAGGUACUUGUAUAUGCAAUAAUUGGCGGUGAAGUUGGAGUAUCAUCUGUUCUCUCAAAGACUGAGGCCAAGGUGUUCUCUGAUAUCUCAGCUUUUCCAGAUGUGCUGACAACAUUUGAGGCUGUUUGGUUACAUCUCGGUCACCUGGAUAAAGCGACUUAUAUUUACGAAUUUGCUCGUGUGGAAGAUUGUAACAGUUUCGGGCUGAUGAGGAGAUUGUUUAAUUGUUAUUCUCACAAAUCAUUAUUUGUAAAACAACUUAAGGUUUCCCUCAAAAUGUAUAAGCUUGUUCGGGAGGACAAAUUUCUGUUCUGGGCUGUUUUUUGCAUUCACUUACAGGUGCUUUCUCUUUUGAUCAAGAAGCACGGGAUGGAUAAUUUGUUGGAUGAACCAGAAUAAGUGACAAGAUUAGGCAGUUUCAUGAUAUGUGUAUUGGUGUAUCUGGAGAUUGGAAGAAUUUGAGUACAACUGUUAGUAUUUUGCGCAAGUAUAUGAGACAGUUGAAGAAAAAAGGUAAGGGAAGGCCCAUGGUCAAUAAAUUUGCAAAGUAUAUGGCAAAGAAGUCUCACAUGUUGAAUGGAGCGUUUGAAGUUAUUAUUUGCGCAUUCGAUGAGCUAGAGGUAUGAGUUUUGCUCUUUAUGAAGUUAGCUUCUGCUUUAUCUCUCGUUAGCUGUUAGUGUUUAUUCUCCAUGCUUACGAAUAGUUUGAAUGGCUGCUAUAACAUACUAGAAUUGCAUGUUAGAAAUGAGUAAAAUUAUGUCGAUCUCUUGGAAGAGAUCUCAAAUUUUCACUGAAAUUUGACUCGCAAAUUUAAAUAUAAAAAAUAACAUAGGCAAGUGUUUUGCUACUCGACGCAAAUAAUAUCUGAGAAAAGCUGGUUUUACCCAACCAAAUCUUCCACCCAUUCUUUUGCUUGGAAGACGCCAUGAAAGUGCCAUGCUUAGGAAACUAAGGCAAUGCCUUUACUUGAGGCAUAGAUGAAUUGGAAUUGAAAAUGGACGGAACAAUUUAGUUUUAGAUCUUCAAUUGGCUAUUGCUGCUUUGUGGAGAAGGCUUAGCAAUUUGUUGGACCAAUUCAAAUAUAGCAAGAACAGUUAAGUUUUCAUCGAUUCCAUGUUUUUGUUUGCUUUGAGUUGUCUUUCAACAUGUUGUUUCUUUGUUAGUUACCACACUGUCAUGUACUUAUUCACAGUAUUGGGUCUGGUAAUGGGCUGCAGAGACUAUUUAAUUCGUAGGCUUUUAAUUCUGUUGGGCUUGUGUAUUUGAAUGAGAAUAGGGUUACAAUAUUUCCUAGAGUUCUGAGUAGAUUGAUGUAAUCCUGGCUGUUGAAUUAAGUCAACCAGGAGUGGGUGAUUAAAUACCUAAUGAUUGUGUAAGAUUGAAAACUAAUGAAUGAAAAACCAUGUUUUCCC